UGCAUCUUUACCUGUGUGGCCGUGCAUGUGCUAGACGAAGAAGCUGAGUGCGUGAUAAAUACAUAGAACAAGGAUGGUUAAGUCAGGGAAGUGGCCUUUGAAAGGAGGCAUACAGUAUAUGUUAUGAAUGUGUGUGUGACACAGCAAGCUUGAGCUUGAUUAGCCGGAAACUUGGCCGCAGCACUGACAAUUGGACAGGGUACAGAAAAAGUGGACCCCUGGCAAUAACAAGCCCACCAAAGAAGUAAGGCCAUUAUCAUUUUACUGGAGAGUGACUUGGUGCAGGAUGUGGACAUAGAGCAGGACAUUUUCAUCAUAUGAUCGCACAUUAGGGUGUCUCUGGAGAGGUGGGUUAGCAACCUUAACCACAAGCCGAGCAGUCAGAGUGGGACGUAAAACAGAAUAAUUCCCUGCCGGGACUUACGGGUGGGCUCUCUAUGGUGAAGAUGAGUCUGGAGCCUGUACAGGUGAUGAGUGGACAGGUGAAGGAGCUCAAAGUCACCCCUUCUUCUAAUGGAGACAGCAACGGACCCUGGGAGGAGAAACAAGAGUUUAGCCAAAACCACCUCGGCCUCACCACCAAGCCAAAGCUGGUGACAGGGAGACGAGCCCGCAAGGUGGAAGGAGGCGUGUUCUUUCCCAAGCCGGAGAACGCAGUGACCAUAGCUGUGUCUUCCCGGGUGCUUUUCCGCACGGAGCGGGAGCAGGAGGUGUUUGAGCAGAAAGGUGUGGAGGAGUACCUGCGAUACCAAGUGGAGCACGAGAACGAGCCCUUCGCCCCCGGACCCGCUUUCCCCUUUGUCAAGGCUCUAGAGACGGUGAACGCCCACCUGCGAGAGCUGUACCCGCAGAGCGAAGAACUGUUCGACAUCGUCCUUGUCACCUACAACCAUGCCCACGUAGGAGUCCGCCUCAUCAACACCAUCAACCAUCACAAUCUGUUCAUUGAGAGGUUUUGCAUGACCGGGGGAAGUUCUCCCAUCGGCUACCUGCAGGCCUGGCAGACCAACCUUUACCUGUCGGCUGAUGCCGAGAAGGUCAGGGAAGCGCUGGCUGAAGGCAUCGCGGCAGCCACCAUGUUCAUGCCAGAGAAGCUGACGCAGGUGUCGGAGACCCAGCUGAGGGUGGCGUUUGACGGGGAUGCCGUCCUCUUCUCUGACGAAUCAGAGCGCAUCUUCAAGGCUCACGGCCUGGACAAGUUCUUCGAGCAUGAGAGGGAAAACGAGGACACGCUCCUGGAUCACGGUCCUCUGAAGGGUUUCCUGGAAGCAUUAGGGAAGCUCCAAAAAAAGUUCUAUGCGAAGGGCCGCCGGCUGGAUUGUCCCAUCCGGACUUACUUGGUGACGGCCCGUAGUGCAGCCAGCUCCGGCAUCCGUGCCCUGAAGACACUGAGGGCCUGGGGCCUGGAGAUCGAUGAGGCCCUUUUCCUGGCCGGUGCCCCUAAGGGCCCCAUGCUGGAGAAGAUCAGGCCCCACAUCUACUUUGAUGACCAGAUGUUCCAUGUGGAGGGAGCAGCACGGAUGGGCACCGUCGCUGCCCAUGUACCCUACGGCAUUGCACAGAAACAGCCCCACAAAAAUAGCAGUAAAUCUGGGAAGUAGACCGGUGGGACGGUGGAUGGCAGCGAUAUAGACAUUCAGCCUGAAUUCCUUAAAUUCAGAUGAGCGAGACGUGGAAGGAGAGAUUCGGAAUGAGUCAUCUCGAAGAUGAACGUUAACGUUAAAAAAAGAAAAAAGAACAAAAAAAAGAACAAAAGCAGUCAGCAAAACUUCUGAUGAAAGCUUACGGACAGUGUUUCUUUGCAUGAAUGUGUUGCCCUUUUUCAGUUCCUGUACUAUGAGUUGUGCUGGAAUGUAUCAUUUCCAUUACAUUGCAAUCAUUUUUUUCAUCCCUUUGUUUUAGUUCAGUACGUAGCCCAUCUCAGCACCAAAAUAUCAAGCUGGGAAUGACUAUAGAGAGAGGUAUGGAUAGAGGUCGUGUCCAACCUAAAGUGACCUGAAUGCCAUGUGUCCUACUGCUUUGUAAAGUAAAGCCUCAGCAUCGGAAACUGUCUUCUUAACUCUUUUCUUCGUAUGGGAUUUACAUAUUUUCUCCCUGCCUCUCCUGCCACCACGUCUCCUCUGCAGACAGACAAAAAGGCCUCUGUUAAUGAAUGCAAAGAGGCAUUUGGCUCUCUGACAGACCGACUUGCACGGCUCCAAGUCACAGGAAAGCUCGCAAAGAUUUCAAAUGAACGCUGGAAGAGUGGCCUCUCAGUGUUCACCAUUAAGACAGCACGAUAUGACAGCUGAGCCAUAAGCACAACCGAGACAACACGGUAAUAAUUGUUGUCCCGCAGGCAAAUCGUUCAGCACAUGACAGCACAUUGAAUACUUGAUGUAUCAAGUCAAUUUGAUGGAGACUUUAAAAAGCAUGUAAACGACUUGUAAACAAAUGUAUUUCAGAUUUCUAAACAUAGCAUUCUGUCUAGGUGUUUUUCUACAAGGUAGUGUAACAGUGUACGAUCACGGAUGUGCAGACUCGCUAGCCCUCGGCUAACGGGUCGGACCCUUUAGUUGACCGGUUACCGCAGUCACCUGUGGUGCAGGGAACCCGGGUUCAAUGCCUGCCUUGCCCCCAGUCACGCCUCAGAGCGAAUAUGCAUCCCGCCGCUGCCACGAAAUGUUGCAGGAAUUCAACCGGCACUAACCGGUCAACUAAAGGGUCCGACCCGUUAGCCGAGGGCUAGCGAGUCUGCACAUCCGUGGCGGUACCCUGUUAAACUAGUAAACGCUAUGAAUUUCAGUUUGUGCCUGAGUUUCGAUCGUUAUACUGAAGUGUUACGUUUCCAACCAACUCCCAACUGCUUUUUCCUGAAACCCACAUGGCUCGGCACGGUGGAGGUGGAAGGAAAGGAAGUGCCUUUGCAUGGUGCUGGGGCACAAUUAAAAGAUCAAAAUAACAGAAAUUCAAUCUGUACCUCAUGACCAUUGUGAUACCCAACCAGUGGCAAAAGGUUUUUUUUUCUUGCUUUGCUUUUCAAUGCUCCAACAGCUGAGGUUCAAACGAUAGGCUACCUGUCUUUCUGCUACAUAGGAUAUGAACCAAUAACUUGGAGACAACUGUCUUGAUGUUUUCACCAGUAUUAUGGUAAGAAAUAAAUGAAA